AUGACUUUCAAACAACCAGAACAUAGAUUAACUUUAAUUCCUGGUCCAAUUGAAUUCUCGGAUCCAGUUCUCGGAGCAAUGUCAACUCCUUCUCAAGCACAUACUUCUCCAGAAUUUAUUGCCACUUUUCAAUCAGUACUUCAAAACUUACGUAAAGUAUUUAAAUCAACUGAUCCAAAUUCUCAAGGUUAUGUCUUAAGUGGAUCUGGAACUUUAGGUUGGGAUAUCGCUGCUACUAACUUGAUUUCAGCUGGUGAUAAGGUAUUGGUAUUAUCCACGGGGUUCUUCUCCGAUUCCUUUGCUGAUUGUUUACGUAUCUAUGGUGCUGAUGUCACUGUCAUUACUGCUGAAGUCGGUGAUGUUGUUCCACUCGCAAAAGUUGAAGAAGCAUUGAAGAAGGAUAAAUUUAAAGCCAUAACUAUCACUCAUGUAGAUACUUCUACUUCUGUUGUUAGUGACGUCAAGGCUAUUUCCGAAGUUGUUAAAAAAGUCGCUCCAGAAACUUUGAUCAUUGUUGAUGGAGUCUGUUCAAUUGCUGUUGAAGAUUUAGAAUUUGAUGCUUGGGGUAUUGAUUUUGCAUUAACUGCUUCUCAAAAGGCAAUUGGUGUUCCAGCAGGUUUAUCCAUUGUAUAUGCAUCUGGAAGAGCACUUGAGAUUGCUUUAAACAAGAAAGAAACAACAUUCUUUGCCUCCUUAAAGAGAUGGACACCUAUCAUGAAAGCUUAUGAAAGUGGUAAAGGAGCAUAUUUUGCAACUCCUGCUAUUCAAACAAUUACUGCGUUGAAAGUUUCUCUUGAUGAAAUCUUGAAUGAAUCCUUGGAAGCUAGAUUUGCUCAUCAUGAACAAGUCUCAACAAAAUUCAAGGAUGCAGUUGAAAAAUUGGGUUUGACUAUUCUUCCAAAAUCUCGUCAAGUUGCUGCUCAUGGAUUAACUGCAGUAUAUUUCCCAGAAGGUAUCGAUGGUGCUGCAUUAUUAUCAAAGCUCUAUGCAAAUGGCUUCACUAUUGCUGGUGGUAUUCAUAAAGCAUUGGUUGGAAAAUAUUUCAGAGUUGGACAUAUGGGAUACUCUGUUUCUGCAGGUCACAUUGACCAUUUCCUUAUUGCCCUUGAAGAAAUUUUACAUGAGCUUAAAUAA